AAUACUAUGCACAUCAAUACGUGAGAAACAAGCAUGUGCCGUUACACAGAGAGCGCAGUAACCAACAACCGAAUAGAAAAGCCAUCGCUUGCUAUAGACCCAAUUGGAAACCUUUGUCGGUGAUUCUUCAGAGUGAGAGAGAUGUGGGAAUCGAUCUUUUUGACGUUAGCUGCGACCGCCGGUAACAACAUCGGCAAAGUCCUCCAGAAAAAGGGCACUCUCAUUCUUCCCCCCCUCUCUUUCAAGUUCAAGGUGAUAAGGGCAUAUGCUUUCAACAAAACUUGGGCGGUUGGUUUUCUAAUGGAUAUAUUUGGAGCACUGUUGAUGUUGAGGGCACUAUCUCAAGCCCCUUUGAACUUCUGGAUGCAUAUUAUGCUGCUCUUGGACGAUUUUUUAACCUUGGCUUCGUUCUUUAUGAUGUCUUCUCAGGUAUCUGUUAUCCAACCAGUUUCUGGCUGCGGACUUGCUAUUCUUUCUGUCUUUUCCCAUUUUUAUUUGAAGGAAGUCAUGAAUGCUAUUGACUGGGUGGGCAUUACUUUGGCGGGCAUCGGUACUAUCGGAGUUGGCGCUGGAGGUGAGGAGCAAGAGGCUACUGUCAUAUCUAUUUUUCAUUUACCAUGGCUGGCAUUCAUUGUUGCCAUCUUGUUUGUACUUCUUAAUGGGUGGCUUCGUAUCUACAAACGGCAACGAAAAGAACAGGAGAUGAUGGAAUAUGAAGUUGUUGAAGAAAUUAUAUAUGGUUUGGAAUCUGGCAUUUUGUUCGGGAUGGCAUCUGUAAUUUCAAAGAUGGGCUUUGUAUUUUUGGAGCAGGGCUUCCACAGGAUGCUGGUACCAAUAUGCAUUUCAAUCAGUGUUUCUUGUAGUGGUACAGGAUUUUAUUAUCAGACUCGGGGUCUAAAGCAUGGGAGAGCAAUUGUAGUAGCCACGUGUGCUGCUGUGGCAUCAAUUGUGACUGGUGUUCUUGCUGGUAUGCUUGCAUUAGGCGAACAAUUACCUGAAGCACCAACAGCUCGUGUUUCACUUCUGCUUGGAUGGUUCCUUAUCAUUAUUGGUGUGGUUUUACUCGUGAGUUCAUCACGGCUGGUGAGACACCUUCCAUGGCCAUUACGACAUCUCAUACCAAGUGGUGUUGAGAGGAAUUUCAAUGCUAGAAGAUCUGGAUCUGUCCGUGUUAGGGAUUCAAACCCAAGUGCUGUCAUCCAGGCAGCAACAUUGCAUCAUUUGGUAUCAUCUCCUAAAGAGAAGGCUUGAAUUGACAAUAGCCAAUAUUAGGGAUACAAACCCAGGUGCUGUUAUCUAGGCGGCAACAUUGCAUCAUUUGGCAUAACCUCUUCCUGAAGAAGACUCGAAGUGACAAUAGUAAGAAGAUUAUCACGUGUGUAUGUUUAGACUCUUGUUGAUGGGCUUGUAGAUGACAUUGAGUUGUUCUUUAUUGAGGGUGGGGUGUAUAGUACGAUCCUGCUUGCUUAUUUUAGAGGGCAUGUAAUUUUGUGGGUCAUUCCUUCUCCUUGACAUGCUUUGCCUGAUUUAAAAUCCUUGUAUCUUGAAA